UCUGAAAAUGCAAAACCAGCCGUCGACCGUUCUGACACCGUACACGGCCACUGCGUUCCAAUUUCCACUUUUUUCUCAGUCCGACAAGAAAUCCAUCAGCAUCAACGCAGAUUUUUGCAAUCUUCCAAUGUAGAAUAUUCGUCGGAAUAAUUUUUGGUACAGAGAUAUCUCGGUGCAUUCAGUUUGCAAACGUGUAAAGUGAAAUCACCAUGCCUCUGCCAAAGAAAGAUGAAUAUUCAGAUGUCCAGGUUUACUUCACAGCCAAUGAAUGGGCAGAUAUCAGCGAUUACGAACGGAUUUGUAUCCAGAAUGUCAAGGAAAACUAUGAGAUGAUGGUAAAAGUUGGGGUAAAGGUCAACCCACCAAUGUUCAUGCAGCGUCAGCAAGGAAUUCAUAAAGAGAUAAAUGAGGAAAGUGAGGAUAAGGGGACAGAGACAAGAGGGUCUUCUGACGUUCAUAAUCAACAGGGAUAUACAUGUCAUACAGAGAAGAAUGAGUUACAUAAAGAGAAUUUGAAUACAUUCACUAUAAAAGUAGAGGCCGAGUAUGAUGAUGAUGGCAAUCUGCUAGGUGUGGCUAAUCAAAAUGCAGAAGGGAAAAUUACUGAUCUGGAAUGGAAGAACUAUGAUCAAAUUACCCUGACAAAAGCCAAUCCAUUAUCAUCAGGUGAUCAGAGGACCAAGUCAGGUGAUCUCGUCUCUCCGUCAUGUGAGCAGAAGACAGAAAUAUGUGAGGCUAAUCACAAUGCAGAAGGGAAAAUUACUGAUCUUGAAUGGAAGAACUAUGAUCAAAUUACCCAGACACAAACCAAUCCAAUAUCAUCAGGUGAUCAGAGGACCAAGUCAGGUGAUCUCGUCUCUCCGUCAUGUGAGCAGAAGACAGAAAUAUGUGAGGCUAAUCACAAUGCAGAAUGGGAAAUUUCUGAUCUGGAAUGUAAGAACUAUGAUGAAUUUACUCAGAGACAAACCAAUCCAAUAUUAUCAGGUGAUCAUAGGACCAUGUCAGGUGAUCAGAUCAUUCUGUCAUGUGAUCAGAAGGCAGAAGAAGCUUCAGGAGGCAGCCAGACUCCAACCCAAUUCACAUCCAUAUAUGAAAAGGAUUCUGGAAUCUACAGAUGUGAGUAUUGUGGAUCAGUCUAUGCUAUUCCUCUCAUCUUAUCAAGGCAUCUCAAGUACAAACAUGGGCUUAAUGGUGUUGUCUUGCCCUCGUAUGCAUCAAAGGAACGUAUUCUACAGUUUGUUGAAGGAGAAAUAAAAAAAUCCAUGUGUGAAAUUAAUGAUUUUAUGCAUGGUGAAAAGAGAACUUUGAAAACAGGAAAUAAGGAAACUAUGAUACUUGAAAAGAAACCUUAUGUAUGUUACCAGUGUGGUAAGGCAUUUAUUACUGCAUAUCAUCUCACAAGACAUAAACGAAUCCAUACAGGUGAGAAGCCCUUUGUAUGUGAUCAGUGUGGUAAGGCUUUUAGUCAAAUACGAGAUCUUACUAGACAUAACCGAAUCCAUACUGGUGAGAAGCCCUUUGAGUGUGAUCAGUGUGGUAAGGCAUUCAGUGUUAGAAAUACAUUGAUAAUACACAAACGAAUCCAUACAGGUGAAAAGCCCUAUGUGUGUGAUCAAUGUGGUAAGGCGUUAAGGCAUAAAGGUAGCCUCACAAUCCAUAAACGAGUCCAUACUGGUGAGAAGCCCUUUGAGUGUGAUCAGUGUGGUAAAGCAUUUAAGCUUAAAUCUUAUCUUGAAACACAUGAACGCAUCCACACAGGUGAGAAGCCCUAUGUAUGUGAUCAAUGUGGUAAGGCUUUUAGUCAAAUACAAGAUCUCACCAGACAUAAACGAAUCCAUACAGGUGAUAAGCCCUAUGAGUGUGAUCAGUGUGGUAAGGCAUUUAGUGAAAAAUAUUAUCUUACAACACAUAAACGCAUCCAUACAGGUGAGAAGCCCUAUGUAUGUGAUCAAUGUGGUGUCGCAUUUAAGCAAUCUCAUGAUCUCACAAAUCAUAAACGCAUCCAUACAGGUGAGAAACCCUUUCUAUGUAUCCAAUGUGGUAAGGUGUUUAGUCGAAAAGGUAGCCUCACAAGACAUAAACGAGUCCAUACUGGUGAGAAGCCCUAUGAGUGUUAUCAAUGUGGUAAGGUGUUUAGUGAGAAAGGUAGCCUCACAAACCAUAAACGAGUCCAUACUGGUGAGAAGCCCUUUGAGUGUGAUCAAUGUGGUAAGGCGUUUAAUCAUAAAUAUACUCUUACAAUACAUAAAAGAGUCCAUACUGGUGAGAAGCCCUUUGUAUGUGAUCAUUGUGGUAAGGCAUUUAAUGCAAAAAAAAAUCUCAUAGUACACAAACGUAUCCAUACAGGUGAGAAGCCCUAUCUCUGUGAUCAUUGUGGUAAGGCUUUUAAGCAUAAAUCUUAUCUUAAAACACAUGAACGCAUCCACACAGGUGAGAAGCCCUAUGUAUGUGAUCAAUGUGGUAAGGCUUUUAGUCAAAUACGAGAUCUUACUAGACAUAAACGAAUCCAUACAGGUGAGAAGCCCUUUGAGUGUGAUCAGUGUGGUAAGGCAUUUAGUGAAAAAUAUCAUCUUACAACACAUAAACGCAUCCAUACAGGGGAGAAGCCCUAUGUUUGUGAUCAGUGUGGUAGGAUGUUUAAUCACAAAGGUAGCCUCACAACCCAUAAACUAGUCCAUGCUCAUGAGAAGCCCUUUGAGUGUGAUCAGUGUGGUAAGGCAUUUAAUGAAAAAUCCAUUCUCACAAUACAUAAACGCAUCCAUGCAGGUGAGAAGCCCUAUGUAUGUGAUGAAUGUGGUAACGCAUUUAAUCAAUCUAAUGAUCUCACAAAUCAUAAACGCAUCCAUACAGGUGAGAAACCCUUUCGAUGUGUUCAAUGUGGUAAGGUGUUUAGUCGAAAAAGUAGCCUUAGAAGACAUAAACGAGUCCACACUGGUGAAACGCCAUAUUGCUACGAUACUGCAACAAAUAACAAACAAGAUUUAAUUUAAAUUUCCCUUUUUUUAUUACAGGAAAUAAAUCAUGUA